GCUGAUAUUUAUGUGAGUUUCUGUCUGCCGUUUCCUUUCUUCAGAUUCGCAAGCAGAAGCGUAAAACCAGACCAAACCAAAUCCAAACCUUAAGAAUCAGAAAUCAGAGGUCUUAUCAUCAUCGAAAAAUCAGUGAGCUUGAAGCGGCGUAUUUCCAGUCCGGAGAGCAGCUCAGCUUCUCUUCUACCAUGGUUGACGUCUUCGUCUCAAAGCAGCUCGGGCUGGUUUUGAUCAUCACAGCUCAGAUGAUAUUUAUUGGUCAAGGCCACGAACAAGUCAAUGGAUUUAUCGGCAGCAGCAUCACCCUCCAGUUCACAUUUAACGUCAACAUCACAAACACCCGCAUUGGAGUUUAUUUCGUAGAAAAACACACAAAGAUUAACGACAACGUAGACUGCAGCUCCUGCUUUGACAUCUACCCUCAUAACUCCACUGUGUUCUACCACAUCACCAACCUCACUAAACAAAACAAAGUGUAUUAUGCCAGUUUGCUGCGCUCGGAACUAGUCAUCGAUAGUAAUAAAGUGCGGCUGAUUGUUCAAGAAGAGACCAAAAGCACAACAGUUUCUCAGACGCCAACCAACUCCGUAAUCUCUCAAGACGAGGAAAGUUCCAGUUUCUUUUCCUCUCACAGUUUCAUCCUCCUCGUGGUUGUCCCUGCAGUGCUGUUAGCUGCUGCACUACCACUUUUAAUCUUUUGCUUUGAGAAAACCAAAGUCAAAAAACAACAAGAACAACAAACCUCAAACCCUACAUUGCAGGAAACGAUUGAGGUGUCCAGUUUGCCAGCGUCUUCAUUGGUUUACAGCGUCCUGGACUUCCCCAAAAGACCUCCUACUGUUGUGGAGAUGAGUUCCAGUGAUACAGACUAUGCAGUUGUCAGCUGUCUGCCAGAGCAGAGAUAAAAGUAAAUCUCCUGCUGCUUUGUGCUCUGUGUCCACAUGUGGCGAUGUUUAAUCUAAAAAUGGUGUGCUCUGCUCUCAUAAUUAAUCCUUCCACUGCACAGCCUUAUUGUGAUGCAAACACACAGAGCUGGGUGGAGGAGUCACUGAUGUGCAUCAGAUACCAUCGAGGUUCAUUUCAUGCGAGGCGGUCAUAAAAUCCAAAUGUGGACUGUGGCAGCAGAAAAUUACUCCACCACACAGAAAAGCACUUUGACCUGAACUUUGAGCAAACAACCAAUAAGAACCAACAUUUCUGGAUGUUUUCACAAGAAAAUGUGAUUCUCAGAGCCUGGAUGCUGAUGUGUGGUUCAAAAACUAGCCCAUGCCGUAUGCUCUUUAAUACAACUUGAUUUCCUUCAGGUGUUAUAGGAAAACAAGAUCAGAAAUUAAUUUACCUGUUUAUUCAUUAUUAAAUAAAACAUUCAGCUGUUUAGUAAGAGUGAUUGAAAGCUAGAUAAAAACAAUUAAAGUAACAAGUUCAAAAGUAUAAUAGAAAGAUAUUCUAUCAACAUUUAUGGAAAAAUAAGAAGUUGACAGAUGCAUGUUAACACUUUCUACAUUAAUUGCCUUUAACUGUAAAUGUCGGUGUGUGUGUGGUUAUAUGUCUCUGUGUUUCCUUGCCGCCACUGUUCAUCAGCUGGGAUCCUUCAUAUUAAAGCCCUAGAGUGACACAUUCAUGUAUUUAUACAUUCCUCAAACAUAAAUAAUAUAAAGUCAAGGAUUUGUCGUUGUGUCAUCCUGGUGCCAGAGUUCUUCAACAAUCAACAACAAAAUAUCCCCUUUAGAGAACACUGCUGAGUUGUAGUAAAUGAUUUUAUUCUAGGGUCAUUGUAUUUUUUGCUAAAAUUUACUGAAUCACCUCGUUUUGAAAGAUUUCAGGUUGAGUUGCAGCAUAUUUCCCAUGACUAUUUCAAAUCUCGAGGAUUGCAUUUAUGUUUAAAUGCCAUCCUUCACAGAAAAGAAAACUGAGCACCUUCAGAGGAACAGAUUCAGGCACACACAUUCGAUGUGCUGUCACCACCUACAUACUGUAUAUCCACAGGUCAAAUGUAUGAUUUUUCCAUUCAGUGCAGAGAUGUUACACCUCUGCAUGCUACAAAUUGAAACCAACCUCUUUUCCUCAUUAAGGCGUUGUAUUAUUGUGAUUGUGACAACAGAAAAGGACACAGUUUACACCAGUUUUGUGUAUGUUAAAGUCAUAAAAGUGAUUGAUGCAUUUAUGAAACGUUAAAAUGAAAGAGUGUGGCAGAAAGUAACAAUGCUAUAAAUAUAAUAUACAUUUCACUGGGUGUUGCACAGCAGUGAUGUGGUCUGAGUCCAGGAUGGGCUUCUCUGUAUCUAAACAGGCCGUGGGUUUUCUCUGGGUCUUACAGUGUCCUCUUACAAUCCAAAAACAUGCACUUGAGGAUAAUCAGUAACACUAAACGUCGCAGGUAUGAAUGAGUGUCUCUCUCUCUCUCCCGGUGUUUGCCCUGUGAUGGACUGCUAGCCUGCCUGGGAUGUGCCCUGCCUUGCCCAUGGUCAGCUGGGACUGGCUCGGUCGCACCAUCAGCCUGCAGAAGUGAAGAUGGUUGAAGUUCAAUGGAUUUCAUUUUAAAAAAAAAAAAUGCAGUGACAACAUACCAAAAUUUAAGCUUGUCAAACUGGUAUCCACAGUGUUCAGGAGCAAAGGGACAAACCAGCAAUUGCUUGACAGCAACUGCCACAGAAAUGUUUGCUGCAGUAGGACCUUCCCAUGAUGUCCUCUAACUUUCACCCAAUAUCAGCUGGGAUCUGCUCAAGCUUUACAGAAGAUAGACGGAUAGCUUACUGUCUUGAGAGCAGCAACAGCAACAGGCACAAUUUCGGCAUAAACCGUGAAAGAACAUUUCCCUAAAGCCUAUGGUGAGCAUGCAAGAAGAAAUAAGCCAAUGUAUUAAACCAGUGUACGACUCACAGAGACAAAGACGCUGUUGUUUAGUGCAGCAGCUGCCUCAGCUCAGUCACUGACCGCCGGUUGGUGUGUGGUUACAGAAGCUGCAUCCAGCACCACAACACCAACCAGUCAAUCAAGCUCCACCCGUCCUGCUUCUCCGUCCAUGUCCACUGAGGGUUGUUGUCUAAGAACACCAUCUGACUGUAGCGAGCAACAGCACACUCAAUCCAUGCUGAUGCAGCAAAUAGGUAUUUGUCCAUCUCUGACUCAAUUAAUCAACAUUCAGUAGCAUUAUUUUCUUUUUCCAUCUUCUUGUGAGCUGUGAUGGACAGUGGGUCUGUCAGGGAUCAGCUACACAGUUUUUUUGUGUACUUCUGUACUAUUUUAAGUCACAUUUCAUUUUUCUUUUAAGGCAGAAGCCUUUAAAGGAGAUUCCAUCAUACAACUGUUGCCCACCCCAUCAACAAUUUUAAAGAAAGAAGAAGAAAAGCAAUAUUAAAAAUGUGCUUUUGUUUUGUAUAUGUUUUUAUAGAACAAAGAAUAGAAACAUUGUAGGUCUUUAUAUUUUGAAAACCAAUUCUGUAUUAUCAUCAGGCUCACCAUUCAUAUUCAAAUGUUUGUCUUCUCUUGCAGCUGCAUUAUUUUUUUUCUCAUUAAGUAGACAUCGCUCUCUCUCUCUCUCUCUCUCUCUCUCUCUCUCUCUCUCAUACACACACACACACACACACACACACACACGCACACGCCUUGGCUUGUCAUUGCUUCAUUCUUCUUUUUCAAAUUUCAUUCAGUGCUGCUGAUUUAUAAAGAUGCUCUCCGACUUGCCUGCUGUAGAGCAAAUGGCUCCCUCAUACUAACUAAAUAAACGCCAUGCGCCUGUUUCACCUCUUACCAGCAGCUAGGUCAUUUGGAGAGAUGGUGAGUGAUUAACACAGUGAAGAGUCUUUUGGCCCAGACUGCUGCUCAGACUGACAUCUAGUGGCAGCGAGCCAACACAGGAAUCCCACUGAAACAUUUCCGCAGAGAGGGCUGCAGCAACAGCGUCUCCUCAGGGCCACAGGCUGUUUUUCAGUUCACAACUAUUUCAUGUCACCAGGAAAGAAACAUAUAGUGCAAAAACCAAGUGGCUGUAGAAAGGUACAUUAUCAAUGACAUAGGUAUUUUGAAAUAUUAAAGAGCAUCAUCUUGCUGUGUCCACUGUUAAAUAUCAUGAACGAUGUCAAACAAAUUCAAGAAGUUUAUGUCUUAAUGUGUUUUUUUUCCUACUGUUGUUUAUAUUGCAAUCUCAUAUUCACUUGUUUUGUGUUAGAAUAUUCUCAAUGAUCUGUGAAACUCUGAAAAAUAAUAAGCCACAUUAAAGGUGCUAUUUAAAUAUCA